GUCAUUUUCGCAUUUUUGAGUUGUAGAAUGUCGAGCGCUUCAACUCCAGCACGGCAGCUGUUUGACCUCCACGGCCAGUUUGGGGAGACCGACUGGGGCCCGCUGUUCAAAGCGACGAGCCGCACCACAUCCGACGUGCUCACUGCCGAGGUCAUCUCGUUCGACGGGAUUGAAGAGGACGAAGCGACGCUGCGGGCACAGAGCGUCCGCGCACUGUACAGCCGACUUGCCGACGCCAACGGCCUCGUCGACCACCCAAACAUUGAGCGCUUCAUGGGCAUCUUCCGAGACAAGCGCGAGCUCUGGAUUACAACAGAGUACUGCUCGGCUGGGCAGCUGCAGAACAUUGUGCAGAUCGCCAAGGGUCUUCCGGAAGAAGCCAUUGCGUAUGUGUCUGCAGAGGUGCUCAAGGGCGUCCGAUUCCUGCAUGCUGCUGGAGUGGUGCAUCGCAACAUUACGCUGGAUUCAGUGCUGCUUGGACUGGACGCGUCCGUCAAGCUCGCCAAAUUUGAUGUGAGUCGCGAGCUGCAGCACUCCAGCCAGCGCCUCAAGUCGUUUGUGGGACUGCCUCAUUAUCUCUCGCCCGAGAUGCUCAUUACAAACAGCUACGGACCCAAGAUUGAUAUCUGGGCAAUUGGAAUUACGGCAAUUGCGCAAGCUGAAAUGUUCCCGCCACGACAUGAGCUUCACCCGCUGAAGGUGAUGAUGGAGAUUCCGCGCGCUGCUCCUCCAACCCUCAAGGAUGCCAAGCGAUGGUCCUCGAACUUUAAUGACUUUGUUGCUGCAUGCCUCGUGCGCGAAGAAGACGCGCGCCCUACUUCGACAGACCUUGCCAAGCAUCCCUUCCUCACCAGCAAAGCGUCGGCUUCACGCAUCAUCUUGCGCGGGCUGUUGGAGCAAUACGCGACCGAACUUGCCGAGAUGAUGCAUGACGACGGCUCUGCUCCACAAGCCCCGACCUCGAGCACCUCUGCUGCAACCGAAGAUCAUGAUUUGUCCGACACUGUGUCCUAUGCCAGCGAUUCUUUGGUGCAAAGGAAUCCUGUGCACUUUGACACAGACAGCGACUCGGACCCAGAGUCACAUCCCGACAUGCUGGAAGCGAUUGAUGAAAGCGAUGACCACGUUGCACCGGAAGCGAAAGCGCGACGAAAACGUGCCAAGAGCACCGUCAAGAAAAACCCGUUCGGCUUGACAGCACAGGCCGCAUUGGCACAAGCAGCAAAGCUGCCCUUUACAUCGCUCAAGUACUUGUCUCUCGAUGAUCUCGCGAUUGCCCAUCGAUUGGACGACGACGAUGCGCACUACAGCAGCACUCGGGCGUCGCUUCGUAGCUUCUCUGGCAUCUGCACCGGUGUUGAUGAAGACAGCGAUGCCCAUGUACAAGCUGUUGUGUCCGAUUUGCUCCCACCUCGCUCUCGUCGUCGGAGUAUCGACCCAACCGAGCUGCCCGAGCAUGUCCAUCAUCUUGCCCACUUGGCAUGGCUGCAUCAGCAUCGCGUCUUCACCACCGUGUGCCCCCACGAAGCGCAGACGGCGCUAGAAGCCACGUCCUUUGCCGUGCACCAAGUGACCGGGAUGUAUCUCAAGCUUAGCCAUCCGUCCGCCAUGGCCAUGCCUUAGUGUCUUCCUUCAACAGUGCUGGAGUCGUUGCAUGAUGGAAAAAAAAACCGGACGAUGUUGUGCUUGAGAAGUGUAAAGCGAAACAAAAACACAAUCUACGACCGAUCUGAUAUUUCCAGCUGAUGAUUUGUGCAAUACAGACGCCGUUUCCAAGUC